UCGUCGAAACUCGGCGAUGCCAUCUCUCUCUCUCUCUUUCUCUCGACCUUCCUCAUUCUUCAACCAAAAGGAAUCUCCGCGUAAAAAUUCAGUUUUAUUCCCUUCAAUAGUUCUCCCCACCCCCUCUCUCCAAACACGACCUCUCUCACUCUAGAACAUAUAAUAUACACACCAAUAAAUUAUAUCUAUAGAUCCUCAGGGUCCUUCUUUAUAUUUUCUGUUUACUUCGUUUUGAUAGAACUUAUAUAGAGAAAGAAAGGUAAUACGAGUGUUCGGGUGAAAGAUCGGAAAUGGGUUCGGUUCCCCCAGAGCUGAGCUUCGAUUUCAGGCCAACUUUUGUGCCCAAAACGAUCAGUGAUUUCCUCGGUGAGGUUUCAAUGAUCGGGAACGUCUUGGAGAGAGCGUCGAAGCUCGAAGACUUCGUGAAGAGAUUGGAGGAGGAAAUGUGGAAGAUCGAUGCGUUUAAGCGGGAGCUUCCUCUCUGCAUGACUUUAUUGAACGAUGCGAUUCGAGCUCUGAAGGAGGAGUCAAUACAACGCAUUACACCAAAGGAAGUUCAACCCGUGUUGGAAGAGUUCAUACCACUGAAGAAAGAGUGUGAUCGAAAUGUGGAAAACAAAACAGAGAAAGACUGCAGGGACAAAAAAAAUUGGAUGAGCUCUGUCCAGCUCUGGAACACUGAUGAUUAUCCCUCUACUGAUUGCGCCAAACCUAACCCGAAAUCAGAAACUAUGAGAAGCGACGAAGAAAGUAACUUAGGAACUGGGGAUCCAUUCCAGUCUGAUAGAAGCAGAGAUGAAGCCGUGGAAUUUUUGCCACUUAAGAAAUAUUCGGGUUUUCCCGUAGUGAACAAGGAAGGGAAAGAGGAAUUUCCAGUCCACGGGCUUUCGCUUCUCACUCCGGGAAUUAAGAAUCCGAGGGAGGAAUCCGGUUCUAAUGGUUCGAGAAAUGCCUGUGGCAAAGCAGUUUCCUCCUCCGAUCCUACUACAAAUAUACGGACCUUGACGCAGCAGCAGACUGCUAGGAAGCAGAGGAGGUGCUGGUCACCGGAGUUGCACAGGCGGUUUGUCAAUGCGUUGCAGCAACUUGGAGGUUCGCAAGCGGCCACGCCAAAGCAAAUUAGAGAAUUGAUGCAGGUUGACGGGCUGACCAAUGAUGAAGUUAAGAGUCAUUUACAAAAAUAUAGACUUCAUACUCGAAGGGUUCCAGCUGCUGCAUCGGCUGCCCUGGAAAAGCAAUCUGUUGUUGUUUUAGGUGGUGUAUGGAUGGCCCAAGAACAGUACGGUGAGUCUUCAAAGGCUCACAGUUCCGAGUCUGGGUCACCUCAAGGCCCCCUCCAGUUAACUGGAAACACCGGAGGGACUUCAACCACAGGAGGUGACAGCAUGGAAGAUGAUGAAGAUGCAAAAUCUGAGGGCUAUAGCUGGAAAAGUCACAAUCCGAAACCCGGUAAAGUGAAUGUAUAGAGUUCAUACACCAUGAUUUUUGCGGACAGGAAGUAUACAUGGGAGGAGGAGAUUUCCUUGUGUCUCAAGUUUGAGUUGUUAUUUUGUUGCGGGACUGGUACCAGAAUUCUACACACAUUUAUUGGGAGAAACAAGGCCGAAUUUUCCCAUAUCAUAAAGCCUCUCAGUUACCACAAUAAUAUAUUCUUUAAUGUCUA